AUGAAUAUCUCCGAGAUCACGACAAGCUCUUCUUCCACCAACCAAGCUACUGAAGUUGAAGAUCUCACUUCGCAACUUGCCGAACUUGAAACCCAAGAGCCCAAGAAUAGUUUUCUGCAAGAUACUGAUCAUGAGGUUGACGUUGUAAGAAUAAACGAAGAUGAACCCUUGCUCUCGGUAACGAAAUUCGAAGAGUUGAAUUUAGAUCCGAACUUGUUGAAGGGCAUCUAUGAAAUGGGUUUCACCACACCUUCGAAAAUCCAGGCAAAAGCAUUACCCCUACUCAUCAAAACUCCACCUCAGAACAUGAUUGGACAAUCUCAAUCGGGUACCGGUAAAACUGCAGCUUUCGUUUUAACGAUGCUGAGUCGAAUAGAUUCUAAUCUGAAGGCACCACAGGCGCUUUGUUUGGCCCCGUCAAGAGAAUUGGCUCGCCAAAUUAUGGCGGAAGUCAAGAAGAUGGCGAAAUUCACAUCGGUAACAACUGCCGAAGCUAUUCGUGACUCCAACGCGAACACGAGAAUGGAAAAGAAUAGGGGCGAUGCAUAUAAAGAAGCUCAACUCAUUGUCGGCACACCGGGUACAGUCUACGAUUUGAUCAAGAGGCGUUAUCUUGAUCAGAGACAUAUAAAGAUCUUUGUUUUGGACGAAGCCGACAAUAUGUUGGAUCAACAGGGAUUAGCCACCUAUAAGGAACCAGUGCGUGCUUUCGCCGGGAGAUUUGCCCCCAACGCAAAUGAAUUUAGCCUAAAAGUGGAGGAACUUUCAGUAAAGGGCAUCAAACAAUUCUACAUGGAUUGCAAAAAUGAAGAGCACAAGUUGACAGUGCUGAAUGAAUUAUAUUCCUUGUUGACAAUUGGGCAAAGCAUUAUUUUCGUUGAGAAACGAAUUACCGCGGAUGAGAUCGCUAAACGCAUGACUGAAAUCGGUCACAAAGUUAUCAAUCUCCACGGUGGUCUUUCGACGACCGAACGUGACGAAGUGAUGGAUGGAUUUCGUAAGGGUAGCGCUAAAGUAUUAAUCGCCACGAAUGUAAUUGCGCGUGGUAUCGACAUCUUGCAGGUUAAUCUCGUGAUCAACUUCGAUAUCCCAAUUAAAAGGAACACGAAAGGGGGGAACGAGCCCGACUAUGAAACAUACCUUCAUCGCAUAGGACGCACGGGUCGAUUUGGGCGCGAAGGAAUUGCCAUCAAUCUGGUUUCCGACGAAACUAGCUGGAAAAUUCUCCAAGAGAUUGCGAACUUUUAUGAACGGGGAAUCGAAAAAAUUAAUAUAAACGAUGGUUGGGACAGUGUCGCCAAGUUCUUGCGAAAGGAGAUCAACGCGAUAAAUAACAAUAAUAAUUCCUAA